AUGGAGAGCAGAGACACUGUGUCCGGGCAUGUGCUCACACCGGCAUGGGUAUCACUUACAUCGGAAUGGCUUGUGCCAAGCAUUCGGCCUAAUUCUCAAUGGCCCAGAAUUCUUGCAAGUGGUAUGCCUUCAUUCAACGCCCAGCUCGCGGGUGGCACAAGUCACCGCAACGGUGACCAUCUUGGAGAUCACGACGACGAGGGGCAGCCAAAUUUUAAUCCCUGGCACAGUAUUGAAGACGAAUAUCUAUCUGAACCUCUCUCCAGCCCACAAAUGCUGGUUCACCUAGGCGGCCAAGUGGACAUGAGCCGAGCUUUCACUGACGAAGAGCUCGCAAAUCUCGUGGUUCGCCUGGCAAAGUACGUGGAGAGCGGUUCCUAUGAUGAAGACAAUGAAGAUUUCUCACUCCUACGAUCAGAAUUACGGCAUCGCAUGCAGGAGGUAUAUCGCAUCGCUUGGGGCGUACCACCAAUGAAGCAUCUACUCGGGUACUGCAGCAAUAUCAUGCUUUUGAACGAAGGAUCGGACCUUUACUUCAAUCAUAGUAAUUUGCGCGAUAUCAUCAGCAGAAGCAAGUACGCCAGCGUACCCGAUGUCACAUUGAUUACUGUGGUGACCAUACUGAGAGGGCUUGCGUUCGAGCUUUGGCAGCUAUACCAAAAUCAACUUUGGGUCGACCUUGCUGAGCGAGAACUCAAGUACACUAGCAAAAGCAGUGGUAACAAAUCCGCAUUCUCCACCACGUUUGGUAUCAACCGCAUCGUCGCAGCAAACGUCAGCCAUGAAGUGUACGAAUACUGCCAGGAAACCGGCAGUACACCAACUGUCAGUUUGUUUUCUGCUGCCUCUUGGAAGGUAAUCGACGAAGCUCUGGAUAAUUCCGGUACGGCUUCUGAGGCUGCACAAGCCCGUGCAGCUCCUACUAGACCCAAGAAUCCUCUUCAGCAACUUGUUUUGAUCGUUUCCGGUGAUCUUAUGACAUGGGGUGGAUCAAAGACGUAUCCUGCUCUACGUUCCGAGAUCGUGAAGUUGUUCGAGAAGUUGUUUGCGUGGAAAUUCGUUGAUCGAGUUCGGCGAAAUGUCGCGGUGAUAUGCUGCCGUACGAAUGGAAGCUCCAUUUCUUUCGAAGUGACGGACGAAAAGAUCAGUGAAACCCUUACACUUACUUGCGUCGGCUCCAUUAGUGAGGCUCGUGAGCUGCUUCAUCGAGACCCAAAGAAAGCAAAAGGUGCUGCACCAGUGAUAGCAAAGGGUGCAACAAUUUCCAAAGGCCAUUUCUCAAAACGAUUUUCAUAUCGGAGCAUCACCAACACUGGUGUGGUAAAUCGGAUACCGGCGCGCUGUCGAACAUUUGCCAGCUAUUGCUUCGUCACCGACUACCGUCGAGGCUUCUUCGACGAAACUCUUCGAUUUUUUCCUUCUCGAGCAUCAUUACCGAAAACCGUUCUUGGCCCCGUUAUUGGUCGAAUGGUUCUCAGCGAGGCUCCCAAAGCAGACGUACAAGAACCACUUGCUGACGGUGACCCUGGCGAUCCGGUGAAAAUGCAAUUUACUGUUCCUAUCCUUCUUGAAGUCAACGCAGAUGCACGCGUCGUUUGUAUCGUGACGGACAUUCUGGCGAACCAGGACGUUCGUGUUGUGCAAACUCUGACAAGAUACCAUCCUCACGUGUUUAUAAUCCCGUCUUUAGUACCGGAACGUCGCUACGUCUGCCGCUUCGAGGGCAUCGCUAACUCUGAAAGCCGUCGGGGGAGCUUUCACACACCACCAAGCUCUUCAGCGGCACUCAAUUUCUUGACUGUUAGCUCCAACUUUCCCGAGCAAAUGGAGGAGACUUCAGAAAGUUUGUGGGCAGCGAUAAGAAAGCGCGCUCAAGUGUCGUGGUGUGGGCUGGAUAUGAUCUUGCACUUGGGCGGCCAGGUGCCCAUGCACGAAGCUGCGUUCGAGUGCUUGGACUGGAUGGAUAAAUUACUGACCUCUUUGCGUCGAAAAGUACGGCAACGCAUGCAACAGCGCUACCGUUUAUGCUGGAACAUCCCAAACGUGCGUGAAACGCUAGCACACACCAGCAACUGGUUCCUACGCUCGCAGGCAGACGUUGCGCAAUUUUUCCGCAAUCACGAAAUCCUUUACACAAAGGCUGCACAGCUUGUGCUCUCUGAAGCCAGACAGAUCGUUGCAGACUACCAGCUUUCGCUCAUGCUGCAAGAUACCAGCGACGAAGGUGAAGUAGUUGAUGAAAGCCGAGACGAGCCUGUUGACACGGCCCAAUUCAUUCAGACUGGUGAGGUGGGGAUCUUCAUGUGUGAUAUGCGCAGUACGCCUCACGAUGACGUUGUGACGUGCAACAAUCGACUUCUAACUCCACUCACCCAGCAAGAACGCGCCGUCAUAGGUGAAAAACAAUGGAUGUUGCUGGAAAAAGCUCUGAAAAAGAAGGCCGUGAUGGUGUUUGUGCUCUGCAUGGAGCAUCCGCUGAUACUUACCGACGCGAAAUACGUUGACGCUAUGCGUGAAGAUGCUACGCUUUCGGGCGUUGAUCAAAGUCAGGAGGAGGCCUCAGGUCGCUGGAAACUGUACGAUCGCCAAAGUCUAGCGCAGCACUGGGUUUCGUGUCGCCGGCAGCUGGAGCAGUUGCUGAACUUGCUUUUCCGAUGGAAAGCAAAGCACCGUGGCCGGGAUGUGAUCGUGCUUAGCGGUGGGAUGCGUGUUGGGCUUGAAACAAUGCUGCAAGAUCGUGACACUAAACUAUCCGUUCGCAACCUUACCGUCGGCCCGCUAACAGCACGAGUUGAGCCGGAUUUCAACGACAUGCCCCUCUCUGGUACAGCAUGCCCGACAUUCCUCGGUGGUGCACAGCGAGACGAACGCUUUACGUUCUCGCACUCAAUCGUAGCCAGCAAAAACUACCUUUUGACGCAUGCUGUCAUCACUCGUGAGCAAGAGGUCAAAUCUGCGAGUAUCGAGACAGAGUUUAUCGCAGACGAUGGUCAAGUGGACACAGCUCACCCUGUCAACCAAUACCGGAGGUUCCCAGGUUGGUGGUCGGACUACGUGCCUAUGGGCAAGGUCGUUUUCUGGGACGACACUGUCAUGAUGCGAGCGCAGUCCGACGAGGACGUAACGUCGCUGGCGCGAUAUCUGCGAGAUGGACGAGAGUUCACCGCAGCGCUUGAGGUUCUCUUUGAGAAGCACCAGUUUGCCGAAGCAGCGCGUAUGGAAGAGUUGCGCAGUAAGCACCGCAGACGACAGCGCGGUCCCGAUGAGCUGCGGUCAAGUCUUCGCGCCGUCUUCGCCGAGCUGUGGAAAGUGCUCCCGGAGUCACAUCGCCAGCGCGUGGCCUACUUCCGAGACGAGUUCGUGUUCGACUUCUUGCUAACGUACCUGGGGCCGGACCUGUUUAAGGACAACAAAGCACAAGACGACGAGAGGCCACCGCUUGAGUUCGCGGCCUUCUCCACGCUGUGUCGAGACUUCAUCUUCAAUGCCGCGGUGCUCAAUCUGAGUCUGAAGAUGCAGCAGGAAGACGAACGCCGCACGAUUGCACUUCAACGCGCCGAGGCUCGCCGCCAGGCUGCUGAGCGCGAGGCUCAACGACUUCAGCAGGAGCAGCAACGUGCCGAAGAAGAGACCGAGCUUGAGCGUUUGCAGCACGAAGACCCGGAGGAAUACGCGAAACGGAAGUUGGCGGAGCACGAAAUCGCCCAGCAGGAGAAACUGGCGAAGGCCGAGGCGGCUCGGGAACAACGCAAGGCCGAGAAGCUGCGAGACGUGGAGGAAGAGCUGGCGAUCGCGAAGGAGCAACGCAAGCUCGACAAACUCGCCGAGAGCGGCAGCGAUCCCCACGAAUUCACCCGUCGACGCGAACUGCUUGCAGCACGAAUUCGCAAAUUCGAAGAGCGCAAGCGCCACCGCGAAGCCGAUGAAGCACGCCGCCGCGAGAAGAAGGAGAAGAAGAAGAAGGAGAAAGCCGCGCAGCAGAAGGAGGCGCACUAA